CUGAGGGGCUCCUUGGAGGCUGGGCUGGGCCAGACUGGGUGUCGGGGCUGGCCUCAGUUGCAGGAUAUUUUGAGGGCGCAGACAGUAAGAUGGUCUUACUGCCUGAGCUCUUUCCUACCCUUUGGGAGGGCCAAGCUACAGCUAUUUGCUACCAAACACCUUUUUCCUAUUAACUAAGCAUACCGCCCAGCUGGGCAGGAACAGGCUGAGGGCCUGACAAGCAGGGAGCUAGGCUCCUGCCAACAACCAAAGAUUCCCCAAUUCUAAAGGAUGGAAAGAGCCCCUGGGAGGUGACCGAGGCCACAGCCAGCCCCUCCCUGUUCAGCAUUGAAGAAUGACACGCAUUACAGAGCUCUGGAGCAGCCCGCAGUGGAAAGUUGGAGCUGAGGUGUGUGGCAGGCAGAUGAGGCAGCAGAGAACUGCUGAACAGAGUGAGACUCAGAGGACGUGAUUGAGCAUGGCUGCGACCCUGCAGUUCCUGGCUUGCCUGGUGGUAGCCAUUUGUCUCCUCUCUGGUGUGACUACAACCCAGCACCAUGCAGGGCAGCCCAUGGACAGCACCAGCGUGGGAGGUGGCCUGCAGGAGCCAGAGGCCCCGGAAGUGAUGUUUGAGCUACUCUGGGCUGGGCUGGAGCUGGAUGUCAUGGGGCAGCUGCACAUCCAGGAUGAGGAACUAGCGUCCACACACCCAGGCCGCCGACUCAGACUCCUCCUGCAGCACCACGUGCCCAGUGACUUGGAGGGCACUGAGCAGCGGCUGCAGCAGCUCCAGGACCUGCGGAAGGGGCCUCCUCUUAGCACUUGGGACUUUGAACAUCUGCUCCUCACAGGCCUGUCCUGCGUCUACCGGCUCCACGCAGCUAGUGAGGCUGAGGAACGGGGCCGCUGGGCCCAGGUCUUCGCUCUCCUGGCACAGGAAACACUCUGGGACCUGUGCAAGGGUUUCUGCCCCCAGGACCGGCCCCCUUCCCUGGGGUCCUGGGCCUCCAUCCUUGACCCCUUCCCCUGACCCUCCUCUUUUGUUCUUUCACCUGCCAUUACCCCCUCCCAUCUCCUCCUCAACCCCCCAGGCAGACCCAUCUUGCGCAGGGGCUUCUGUCUGGCAUCUGAUUCUUUUCACCGUGUUCAGAUCUCUGGGCUUGGCUUGCACCCUGGACACCCCCUCUCUGCUUACCCCGACCCGAUCUUGUUUCCUAGAUCUUGAGAGGCUAAGAACCCAGGCUCUGGGUCGCAAGGAGUGCGCAAGGAGUGGGCACAGAGCUAAGGGCACGACUUGCAGGCAGUGUGUGUGUGUGUGUUGAGAUCAGGGGUCAGGGUUGAGAAGUGUGUUCAAGAGAUGCUGAAGGGAAGCUGCCCCAAGUAAGGCCUGGUCAGACCUUCCAACUCCUACCCUGGCAGUCUGUGACAGGUCCUGUGGAAUUCACAGGAAUCCUCUAGGUGCUGAGCAUCCCCUUUUAGGCACAACCAAGGAUCUGGGGUCUCUGAGCCUCCAAGUUCCCAUCUGGGUUGGGAGAAUCGACUUUUUGAGUUCUGUCAGUUGGAAGAGUGGAGGGAAGCAGGGGGAGGGAGGAACAUUAUCUCUUUUGGGGUAGGGAGGCAAUAUCUCAACAAGCAUCGGGUGAACACCUCAGAGGGGGGAGUAAGGCUGGGAGACCAAGGAGAGACAAGCGGAGGUGGGCUGGAGCAGGUGUGGCUCUGAUUCUGUGUUGCUCUUCUCAUAAAAUGUUCUGUUUCGGCCUCCUGGAGCCUGUGUCAUUCUAUGUCGGAAUAAGCGUCUAACCCCUGCUCUGGGCAAAUCACUCUCCCCAUCCCGGGAAGGCAAGAGUCAGGGCAACCAGGUAUCAACUCCUCAUCUCAUUCCCACGCCCUGCUGGAAGAAGGAAUGCACUGUUUCCUCGAAUCCU